AGCAAAUUAUUGUUUUAUGAGGGCUCGAAGGCCAAACAGCUAAAACAAUUUAAACCAUCAAUCAAUCAUCAAUCCAUCCAUUUUCUAGCGCUUGUCCCUUUUGUCUCAAAGGGCUGCACAAGCCACAACGCGUUACAUGAUACACUUAAAUGUCUUAUAAUAUUAUAUUUUGAAACUAACAGUGCUUUUCAUUCAGAAGUCUUGGAUUGAUAACUGAUCAUGAAAAUAUUACCCGUACUAAAACAUGACCGUUAUUUAGAAUAAAAUAUACGAAGGAGAAUGGUACAAAAGUUGAAUUACCAUGAUAUGAGCUUUUAGCGACUCCCAAACACACAUCAUUACAUCGUUGACAACAUCUUUUAACCAUGCGUGUGUAACCCUGCAUGUGUCGGUAGAGUACUUCCUGUUGCCGGAAGCCGGGGUAUAAUUUCCGUUCUGUCAUUGUCAAAAUAAAUAUUAUAUGAGACACAGCGAUAAAGAUGCUUUUGUCUUGUAAUCUGUUUUUGGAUUUAAAAAAAUAAUGAUUUAGUCUCAAAGGUUGUUUUAUUAGUUUAAACUGUACCCCGCCAGAUUAGCAACGUCGACCGUAACUUGCUGAGUUUUAUUCAGAAAGCACAACCGGAAACGCUAAAGCAGCCUUUUUUUUUUUGAACGAGUCUUUCUCGUCUUUUAUGAUUUAUUUCAGUGGACCAAACUAGUAGAAUAAAGAGAAAUGGAUGCCAAAUAUUUUAAAAGAAAUCGCGGUUUUGCCACCUUUUAAACAACCUUAAUUAUUAUAAAAAAUAUAUUUUUAAAAGUAUCCGAGUCGAGUUCCAACAAGUGGCGGAUAUGUCGACAAAGAAGUUAGCCAAAGAAUUGGGACUGCUGAGGCAGCGCAGUAAAACCUCAAUUGGCUUGAAAAAGACUCUGUUGUCAAAUCAAGUGUUUUCAUAUCUGAUCGUCAUUGACUUUGAGUCCACUUGCUGGAAAGAGAAAAAGAACUCCACUCAAGAAAUAAUUGAGUUCCCAGCUGUUCUUCUAAAUACGUCCACUGGGGAGAUUGAGUCUGAGUUCCACAAGUAUGUUCAACCACAGGAGCAUCCAAUACUUUCAACCUUCUGCACUGAGCUCACCGGCAUUACACAGAUGCAAGUUGAAGCGGGGGUCCCCCUCCAGAUCUGUCUGUCUCAGUUCAACCGCUGGCUGCACAAGCUGCGGCUGGAGAAAGAGGUGGUCUUUCCUGCCCGCCAACAGAGCUCUUCCACUCCUCCGCCUUCCCAAAAGCUCUGCGCUUUCCUCACGUGGUCGGACUGGGAUCUCGGGGUGUGUUUGCACUACGAGUGUAAACGCAAGCAGAUCCACAAGCCAGAUGUGGUCAACAGCUGGAUCGACCUGAGGAGCACAUACAGGAUUUUUUACAGCAGGAAGCCCAAAGGGUUGAACGGAGCGCUACAAGAUCUGGGAAUCCAGUUCUGUGGGAGAGAACAUUCCGGCGUGGACGACGCUCGCAACACCGCUCACCUGGCAGCGAGGAUGAUGAGGGACGGGUGCGUGAUGAAGAUAACGAGACGCUUAGAGAGGACGCCAUCAGGGCUAAGAAACAAAACGGAAGCAAACAGGCCAACAUUCUCCACUAUGUCGUCUGUUGCAAACACCACUAAAGUCUUAAAUCCAGAGGACAAGUCCAGCCCUAAGUUGUCAGUCCCGGUCUGUCAGAGUCUGGUGUCUCCAAAGACUCUCCUCAACGAUACGACGUCACCUCCCUGGGCUCCCCGGAGUAGGAGGACGAGGUGCAGCACAGCAGCUCACGUCUCCUCCCCACACUUGAACACCAGCCUGCUUCUGUGCUCCACGGUCCUCGGAGGCCUCCAGCAGCACCAGGAUACAAGACCCGGACCCGGACUCGGACUCGCAGGGCGGGACGAAGAGCGGGUGGAGGAGUUGGCGGCGGAAGACGAAGACAGGUGCGGGUCCUACGACGAGGUGGCGCUGGAUGAUGUCGGCAUGGACUCCUCAGAGGAGGGGACAUUGGAACUAGUCUCGGACUAUGACAGCGGGUGUUACGUGUGGGGGGAACCUGAACAACACCCCACUGAUCCAGUCCCUUUAGGAGAAGAAGCAGGACAUGUCUCUGGUGGACCACAUGCUGGCUUUGCAGUUCCUCAGGCGCUUCCUAAACAUCAUAUCCAUCAAGAGAUGACUUGGACUAAAACCAUGAAGACCCCCUCCCUUUUUAGGUCCAAGACCUUCGUCCCAGAGAGGACGUCCACCCCUAUUGCCGCCAUUUUCCGUCCCAAAAAAGGCAUGGCGGCGUCCUUCACCGUCCUCGCCGACACCGAGACGAGGGUUGCGGCUUCCGCCUCCCGCAACGUCGCCAAGACCGUCCUCUCCUCGCUAUCCGUUAACGUCCCCCGCGGGGGGAAGGUGACGUCGCCGCUGUGCGACUGCGGCCGCCGCUCGAAGCGUCUGCGGGUGUCCAACGGCGGUCCCAACCAAGGCCGGGGCUUCUACUGCUGCGCCGUGCGGCGGUCGGCCCAGAAGGGCUGCGAGUUCUUCAAGUGGGAGGCGGCCGCGUCCGUCUCGCUCCGUCACGCCGACAGAACGCUCGGCCCGCGUUUACCACAAAGGAAGAGCUGCUAGCUUGAGUUCAUGUGAGGGGCUCGCUCUUGUUGCUAGGCAGAUUUGGGAAUGUGAGAUAGUCACAAGGCCAAGAAAGGACAGGGAGAGCAGGCAUGAAUGUACACAUUUUUGGCAACUUGUCCAGGGUGUACCCAGCCUACCGCCCGAAUGCAGCUGAGAUAGGCUCCAGCACCCCCCGCCACCCCGAAAAGGACAAGCGGUAGGAAAUGGUUGUAUGGAUGGAUGGACUUCAAAAAACACAAGAAUGAUGAAUUCUUUUAAACACACAUUCUUUUUAACAGAAUAUCUUUGAGCACAGUGCCAUCUGCUGGAUCAGGUCAUGCACUGCAGAAUCAUCACUUUUUACUCAUGUAAAAAAAUAAAUUUUAAUUAGUACAAGAAUUUUAUUAAUUAUAGCUAUUGUUAAAACUCCCCGGGGGUGUCUUUACCCAAUAUUGAUAUCGCAUAUCGGUCCCAUAUCAGCAAACAAAAAAUGUCGGAUUAUAUUAAAAGUUAAAGCUCCAACGAUAGUCACACACACACACUAGGUGUGGUGAAAUUAUCCUCUGCAUUUGACCCAUCCCCUUGUUGAGGGGAGCAGUGGGCAGCAGCGGUGGCCGCGCCCGGAAAUAAUUUUUGGUGAUUUAACCCCCAAUUCCAACCCUUGAUGCUGAGUGCCAAGCAGGGAGGUAAUGGGUCCCAUUUUUACAGUCUUUGGUAUGACUCGGCCGGGGUUUGAACUCACGACCUACCGAUCUCAGGGCGGACACUCUAACCACUAGACAGUGUCGCAUACUGAAAUGUCAAACAAUCAAUCAAUGUUUAUUUAUAUAGCCCUAAAUCACAAGUGUCUCAAAGGGCAGCACAAGCCACAACGACAUCCUCGGUACAGAGCCCACAUACGGGCAAGGAAAAUGCCCGUAUGUGAUUGAAGAAUGUGUGAUUGAAUAACCGAAUGAUUCUCUUUUAUUAUAUGCAAAUGUUUGAGCAAAACACAGUUAAUAUACAAAACAAGUCAUUUUGCAUUUUACCUCCAAAAACCUCCCUUAUUCACUUAGUUUGUAAAGAAAAUGUAAAUAUGCAAUGUGAACAUAAAUAUUUGUUAGGGGUGUGGGAAAAAAUCGAUUCGAAUUCUAAUCGCGAUUCUUACGUUGUGCGAUUCAGAAUCGAUUAUCUUUUUUUUUUUAAAUCGAUUUUUUAAUUUUAUUUAUUUAUUUAAUUUUUGAAAAAAAAAUGUUUUGUUUUUUUUGUUUUGUAAUUAAUCAAUCCAACAAAACAAUACACAGCAAUACCACAGCAAUUGAGAGGAGACACAAACACGACACAGAACAAACCAAAAGUAGUGAAACAAAAAUGAAUAUUAUCAACAACAGUAUCAAUAUUAGUUACAAUUUCAACAUAGCAGUGAUUAAAAAUCCCUCAUUGACAUUAUCAUUAGACAUUUAUAAAAAUAAAUAAAAAAGAACAAUAGUGUCACAGUGGCUUACACUUGCAUCACAUCUCAUAAGCUUGACAACACACGGUGUCCAAUAUUUUCACAAAGAUAAAAUAAGUCAUAUUUUUGGUUCAUUUAAUAGUUAAAACAAAUUUACAUUAUUGCAAUCAGUUGAUAAAACAUUGUCCUUUACAAAAAUCUACUACUCUGCUUGCAUGUCAGCAGACUGGGGUAGAUCCUGCUGAAAUCCUAUGUAUUGAAUGAAUAGAGAAUCCUUUUGAAUCGGGAAAAAAUCGUUUUUAAAUCGAGAAUCAUGUUGAAUUGAAAAAAAAUCGAUUUCCACCCAAAGAUUCACAGCCCUAAUAUUUGUGAAAGUUGUUAGAAUAAUUCUGUAUAUAUUAUCAUCAUAACUUUAUGCUUAAGGGCCGUUGAUAUAAAUGAUUGUCAAUUGUGCUGAAGUGGUAUUUCUGUGCAAAGCUGGCAGUCCAAAAGAUUGCCAGCUGUCUUUAUCAGUGUUGUGUCCAGACUCGGCCUGCUGACUGCCAAGGCCGAACACCGCCGUGACGCAGACAGAGCAGAGACAAGGCGAUAUGACUUGUCUCUGCUCUACUAAUUUUCAUUUAUUCUAUGAUCAUAUAUUGUGUCUAACUGGAGUUGUCGAGAUUACCCCCCUUCCCUCAGCGACAGCUUCAGUGAAGUAACAGAUAAAUAGAGGAAGCGCGCGGGCUUGACUUUCAGAACGUAGUUUGGAUCUGUAACUAGAAUACAGCCCAAAACACGUGUCUCCUCAUAUGAGCCAAAUUGAACUCUUGUCUCUGCAUGAUUCCUUGCUUCUUGUCUGAUUAAUAGAUGUAUCAGUGUUUGAACCUGACAAAAGUAAACAUAAGAAAACUGAAAAAUAUCAUGCUAGUAUCGGUCUGAUAACGAUAAUAAUCCACUUGGUAUCGAUAUUCGGCUAAAUCCCCCCCUACCACUUUUCGCCUGUGAUGUGCGAUGCCAUGGAUUUUCUGUCUGAUCCGAUAUUGAGUAAAAUACAGGCUGGAAUCGGCGAUACUUUGUGCAAAUAUACUUCAUGUGUGCUAGAACUAGUGUAAAAAAAAAGUAGUGUAUUUCAAGUGUUGGGGAAUCAUCUUCAAACGAUACAACAAACGUUAUCGUAUUCAUCAUCAACUGUAUGUCAUGUCCCCAAAUAGCCGACAAUAAAAAGGAUUCUUACACUUGCUGAUUUAUCAUUUUAUAAUUUUAAUCGCCACUGAAAAAUGAAAACAUGUGUGGACUAUUUUGAUAAUUUUCAUUUUCAAAACCAAAUACAAAAUAUAGAUGUUUUUUAUUUAUUUUAGGGCUCCCUUCAAGUUUAUGUUCUCAGUCAUAAAAAUGUUAAAAAUAAGU